AUGGCAACUGCAAAUUACACCAAAGUGACAGAAUUUGUUCUCACUGGCCUAUCCCAGACUCGGGAGGUCCAACUAGUCCUAUUUGCUAUAUUUCUAUCCUUCUAUUUGUUCAUCCUACCAGGAAAUAUCCUUAUCAUUUGCACCAUCAGGCUUGACCCUCAUCUGACUUCUCCUAUGUAUUUCCUGUUGGCUAAUCUGGCCUUCCUUGAUAUUUGGUACUCUUCCAUUACAGCCCCUAAAAUGCUCAUAGACUUCUUUGUGGAGAGGAAGAUAAUCUCCUUUGGUGGCUGCAUUGCACAACUCUUCUUCUUACACUUUGUUGGAGCGUCAGAGAUGUUCUUGCUCACAGUGAUGGCCUUUGACCGUUACGCUGCUAUCUGCCGACCCCUCCACUAUGCUACUAUCAUGAAUCGACGUCUCUGCUAUAUCCUGGUGGCUUUCUCUUGGAUGGGAGGCUUCAUUCAUUCUAUAAUACAGGUGGCUCUCAUUGUUCGACUUCCUUUCUGUGGGCCCAAUGAGUUAGACAGUUACUUCUGUGACAUCACACAGGUUGUCCGGAUUGCCUGUGCCAGCACCUUCCCAGAGGAGCUAGUGAUGAUCUUUAGCAGUGGUCUGAUCUCUGUGGUGUGUUUCAUUGCUCUGUUAAUGUCCUAUGCCUUCUUGCUGGCCAUGCUCAAGAAACUCACAGGCUCAGGUGAGAAUACCAACAGGGCCAUGUCCACCUGCUAUUCCCACAUUACCAUUGUGGUGCUAAUGUUUGGGCCAUCCAUCUACAUUUAUGCUCGCCCAUUUGACUCUUUUUCCCUAGAUAAAGUGGUGUCUGUGUUUCAUACUGUGAUAUUCCCUUUACUUAAUCCCAUUAUUUACACGUUGAGAAACAAGGAAGUAAAGACGGCCAUGAGGAAGUUGGUCACCAAAUAUAUUUUGUGUAAAGAGAAGUGA